CUCUGUUUUCUCUCUGGUUAGCUUCAUUGUUCUGCUAUGAUAAACAGUAUUUGUUGUCCAAGAGACGCCACCGUGUGACUCGACAUUAAUAAAUAAACAGAGAGGGAAACAAUACAGACAGGGCUGUGAGAAUGGCAUCUCUGCCUUCUUGAAUGUGAUCAUGUGAUCAUGUGAUCUCACCAAGGACUGAUAUUUCUCACAAAGGACAGGAGUCUAGACUGAGGAAAUGUGUCCUGCAAGGUCACUCGGCCCUGAAGAUAGAUGUCAGGUUUGGAUUAGGUUCAGGUUUGGUACAGUUCAUCUCAUCAAACCUUUAGGAGAAAGUGUUUUCUGUAGUUUUAUACACAGCUACAGAAUAGUGUUCAUGGGACACACUAUGGAUCCACCUUGAUCCUGAACAGGUCCCAAAAUGAAGCAGGUCUCCAGCUGGUAAAAAUGAGUUCUAGCAGAAGUUUCCCCAGCUCUAGUCCAGUGGAAAACAACACAAUUUUCCUAAAACACUCAGCAAUGAUACUUUCUGCGGAGAGAACUUCCAUUCAAUACGUAUGACCAGAGCAGACAUAUUUGCUAGGACGUAACGAAUUAGACAGAAGAUAACAGCAAAGAAGAGCACUCGAGGUUUGACAUGGAGGUUGAGCGGCAAGAGGUCAUGGAUGACUCCCUCUCCAAAACCUCUCAUAAAGGUCCGGAUGAGGAAAAGAAUCAAGUUCACAACUGUGACCUCUGUGGCAGGACUUUUAUGUUCUUAAGCUCUCUGUCCCAGCACAUGAGGAAGCACACAGGUGAGAAGCCAUACAAAUGCCCCCAUUGCCAGCAUCGCUCAGCCCAGAAAGGCAGCCUGAAAGCACAUAUUCGUACCCACAAGGUAGAUAGUAUGAGUCAGAGCACUGGAGGUAAAGAGGAAGAGGUGGAAGAUGAAGGAGACAAGGAAGGAGGAGUACCAGAGGAGCAGGGAGGUUGUUCCAGCCCAACAGAAAGUACCUCUGCUUGCAAUAAAGUGGUCAGUGGUGAGGAAACCUCUAAGACAAGAAAAAAAGGAGUUAAAAAAGAGAGGGCAAACAGUGAGGGAGGAAAGCAGUGUUCGCUGUGUAGGAAGAGGCUCCGGAGUCAAUCUGAGCUGGAGCAGCAUAUGCAAGACCUUCAUGAUACAUUGCAGGAAGAGCACUUGCAGGCAGAAACACAAAACACACAUCCCACGGAUGAAAACUGCACCAUGGAGGAAAGUCCCAACAUGGAGGAAGCAGAGAAAGAGAACGAGCUUGGUAAAGGGGACUUUCCAUGUGAUCAGUGUGACCAAGUCUUCACGCAAGCCUGGUUCCUCAAAGCCCACAUGAAGAAGCAUCAAAACACUAGGGAUCAUGGCUGUCGCAUCUGUGGUAGACGAUUCCGUGAACCCUGGUUCUUGCGCAGCCACAUGAAGACACACAACACAAAGACCAAGCCAAAGAGUGAUUCUGAACUUCCUGUGACUGUUAAUGAGGUGACGCAGGUUGAAGCUUCCCUGGUAAAUGAUGUAUGCCUAUAUGAACUGUGUGCCAAAUGUGGUAACUUCUUCCAUGAUCGCAAGAGUCUGCGGCUCCACGAGCAGGUCCAUAAGAACGCAGAUAAUUCUGCUAAUAGUGCUGAUGAAAGACCAUCUCCACUCACCAAGAGACGCUUCCUAGAGAGCCUGAACUUGAAGACAGCAGGUGACACGGAGAAGCUCUCAGAAGGAAGGCUUGGCAAGAGAAUCCCAGAGUUGGACCCUGUUAGCAGCUAUCAAGCCUGGCAGCUGGCCACCAGAGGCAGGGUGAUGGAAGUUUCUGAAAAAGGCCUGGGAUGGGAGGAGAGGUUAGCAGAUGCAGAUGUGGUCUAUGACAAGAAAAAGGGUGAAUAUGUACUGAUGAGACAGGAGAAACGAAAGAAACAAUUGGAUGCCACUCUAAAUAUUCCUAAUAAGAAGAAGCGAGGAACAGUGACUCAAGGCUCAAGCAACACCAGCACUGCCACUGAUCACCAUAGACAUGGUGGGCAGACAUCAAUAGUGGGUGGAAGCUUGGAGAAUUUGAGUGACUCUGAAUAUCGUCCCUCUUCUCGCAACAGCCGUAAAAAUUCCCAGAAUAAGACCUCUGAGUGCUUGGAGUGUGGAAAAGGAUUUCGAACUCAGCAACAGAUGGUGAUUCAUAUGCUCAUAAGACAUGGCAGCAUGAGUGAAAGCAUAAAUGGGGUUUCUCUCCAAACUCUCUUUCCUAAUACACAGCCCAGUCUUUCUAAACCUGUGGAAACUGCAGAUGACCAAAGUCAGACAACAUACCCUGAAGGUACAGAUAAAAAGCCAUACACCUGCGAUCACUGUGACUUCAGCACCGCUGACUCAGCUGCCUUAGUGUCCCACAUACGCAUUCAGCAUGCAGCUAUCAGCAAUGAGGCCUUAACCAGCACGAUCUCCCAAAGCCACUCUCCUUCCACCAGCCACAGUGGCUACCCAAGGUUGAGGAAUGCACUACUCCAGCAGCCCUACUGUCCCUACACCACCUCCACCCACCUGGAGAGGGCAGCACUAAGCAGCUCCAAGAACACUGAUGAGAACGAGGAUGAGAAGUGCAAAGAGCAUGAAGAGGCCAGUUCUGACAAAAUGGAUGCCAGCCUAUUGAAUCUGUCCGUGGAGGCCGAAGGUGACAAAGAUGGAGCUGUAGUCUCAGUACAGAAUGGUCUAGUGAGGCAUCAGUGCCCUUACUGUUCCCAUGCCUCACUGUACCCUGAGGUUCUGUGGAUCCAUCAACGAAUUGCACAUAAAAUUGACAGCACCACUCUGAUCCCUAAGUGGGCCCCUAAAAAUGGAGUUAAGAGUCCCAAGUCAAGUCUUGAUUUCAAGAGACGCACUGGACCUCCUCCGUUUCUGGAGGGCAAGGACUGCCCUCCGCUGCCUCAGACACGAAUUCUCCGCACCAGUCCCCCUGAAUUAAGACCCGGAGGAACCAAGGACAAACCUCAAAGCAGCAGUGCUGAAUCCACUUUCUCACAAAGCAAAGGUCAACAUGCUGGACGACUGUCACACUCCUCUAAGCAAAAUCCCAGCAGGUCCCGGACAGAUGAAGUCAAGAGCACCAGGAUCAAAGCGGAUACCAACCAAUAUUUCACCUCAUCGACAAGCAGAGCAAAACCAUCACUGAGUCCCCAAAAGACUGGAAGCCCAAAGACAGGUAGCAGACUAAUGGAAAGUAGCUUGCUGCCCCAAGAGGGACUUCGCUUCAUGCUCACCAGCAAACACAAUGCCUCUGAACAUAAAAGUCCUAAACCUCAGACUUCCAGCCGGUCUGAACCUCCGCCCCAGGACGCAGAAAGCUCUUCUGGAUAUGACUUCUGUAGUAGGCUUAAUCUAGGUGGAUCAUCCUCACACCCCCAAACUAAAAAACAGCAGACAGGAGACAGUCCAGGAGCUCUUAAUGACAUCUACAGUUUCUUGAAGAAUUGCAGCCCUCAUGAUUUGGCAGCACUUUAUCAUCACUGGGGCUUUAGUAACAUGAUGAUGGAACCAGCAGGGAUGGCGAGGUCAGGGCAGAAAGAAGGAGAGUACAUCUGUCCAGUGUGCGGGAAGAACUUUAGUCAACCCAGUCAUUACCGCACACACAUGAGAUCUCAUACAGGUGAGAGACCGUUCCAGUGUCAGUACUGUCCCUACAGUGCCUCGCAGAAAGGCAACCUGAAAACCCAUGUCCAGACUGUACAUCGGCUCACCUUUGACAAUGCCCAAUACCCUGACAGGAGGCUCCACCAUGCCCCAUCUGUUGACCACACACACCCUUCCAGUCCCGGAUCAUCCCACAGAGCGACCACAUCCUGAACAGGAAAACCUCGGCUACACGGGUUAAAGAGGAGAACAUGUCCAUCCAAAGAUCUGUUAUCUCCUCUGGGGUAAUGUGUUCAUAGACAUACCCAAGGAGGAUAGAUUUAAUGAAAACACUUAAGUGUAUAUAUUGUAGUUGUUCAGUAAUCUUUAGUUUCAGGUUCUGUGCCAACUGUAAUUGGAAGCCGGUGUCAAGGUUUUUUGACAUGUGGAAUUCUAAGUUUCUUUGCAAACCAAACCAAUGUUUCUAAUAUGCUCCAAUUUUCCUUCUUAACUCAUUUCAUACUUGACCGAAAUGUUGAACCUGACACAAAGUACUGUAGGUUUUUAUGCACUGUCCUGAAUUAUCAUCAGUGGAUCCCUUAAAAAUGCUGCUUCCUUACAAAUAAUGGCCAGGAUGAUGUUAUAAAUUGAAGUAGUAGCCUUAGCUUGUGUGCUUGUGUGUCCAUAUCUUUCACUCCUCAGGACCUCAGUUAGAUAAAAUUCCAAAGUCUGUAUUAUGGAUAGUAUAAUUUUAUUUUAUUUUAUUUUUUGUAGAUUACUUGUGGUACUUCUAGAGAACCUGCAGGUUAUCUCUCUGGCAUUAUACACACAGUAUGUCAUUAUGAUUUCAGAUACCAUGGUAUGUACAGUCUACAGUAAUAAAGUUAGCAUUCGUUAGUUGUCUGUUGGUAGAAUCCAUCAACAAAAUUCCAAGUCAAAACCUUGUGCAUAAGCUAAGAACCAUUAAUUGUCCAACAAAGGCAUCAAGAAUCCUUCAAGACCCCUUUAGAAACCAUGUAUUAACAGUGUGGCAGUCAUUUGAAAAUUGGUGAAACUGGGGCAUUGCCAUCUCAUGGCCCCAGGGUUCCUGGAUCAAUCCUGGGCUGUGGUUACUGUCUGUAUGGGUUUUUCCAUUCAUUUGUUCUCCCCAUUUUCCUUUGGGUGAACAAUUUUUUCCCCCACCUCCAUAAAAAGUACAGGUUGGUCAUGCAAAGGUCUAGAAUCCUGUCCAAGGUGUACUGCAAAUCCACAGUCCUCUUCUCUUAGGAUUAGUAAUCUUCAAGGAUAAAGUCCUUACUGAAGAUGUUUUGGUACUUGGUACAUUCUUAGAAAAAUGAUUCUUUGAGGCUUCAUUGGAUAAUUAAGGUUUCUUAGGUUCCAAAAAAGGCAUGUACCUACAUUCAACCUUUAAGGGCUACACCACAGGGACAACCAGAAGAAUCCUCAAGGUUUCUAAACGCUUCACCACAGGAAUUUUAUCUUAGAGUUCCCUAAUUCAUGGAAGUCUAUGUCUUGUAAAAUCAGGGCCAGUAUUCUCAAAACAAAUUAAAACCUACUCUUAACAUUACUGGGCCCAAAACCAAUUUUUUUUUUUUUUUUUUUUUUUUAAGAUCAAAGGAAUGUGUAGAAAUGUCUUAUUUUCUGUGAUGUCACAAAGAAAGUCAGGAAACGAUCCAUUUUUAAUAUCGUUUGUGUGAUUUACCCUAGUUUGAUUUUCUAUCUAUCAUUUCUGUCAUUUUCUUUUCUAGAGUUAUGUGAUUACCAUUAAUUGUACCUUAAAAUCUCAAAAAGAAAAAAAAAACAUCUGAUGGCACAUAAGGACUUAAAGCCAUGGUAGAUUUUUCCCCCCCCCCCAAUAUUCAAGUUGUUGCUAGAGGACUUAAUAUAAAUGUACAUAACUGCAAUGUUCUGUUAUUAAUUCAGUUUAAAUUAUUGCAUUAUAGAAAUUAGCUUAAUAGCUCUGAUCAGAUCUAUAGAUCAAGAGGUAGCGUGUUUUUUAACGCCUUUAAAAAGCUUUAGAAUGCCAUAUUUUUAGAUGGUAAAUACUUAAAGCAAGGAAAUUCAUGGCCAUAUAUUUCUAUGAAUGUUGAAUAAUAUACUUAGGUAUUUACACAUUUAGUAAUACACAGUUGUGCAAGUUUGAAUACGUUCAUAUAUUUACAGUAGUCGACGGUGAACAUUUAUCUUGAUAUUUCCUGAUUGCAAUGUAUAUUCUGAAUCUGAAUGAAGGAAAACUCACAAAAAAAAAAAGUAAAAUAAUUGCUAGCCAUGAGGCAUCCUGAUAAUGUUAUCCAGGUUACACUCCUAUUUAUAUAUAUAUAUAUAUGUUCGUCUGUCAAUUAGUUUUAUCUAAAGUGAUAGCAGCAUAUGAAGUUAAACAUACAUUUUCCUACACACAGUGAUCAUGUGCAUGCAAGCAAAGUUAAGUGAUGAGUGACAGAUUAAAGGAAAACUUAACAUGAUGUGUGUUAGUAAGGAGUCUGGUCUACACGAUCCAUCAGAACAAUUUCAGUAUAAAAACUAGAGUACAAGGAGCUGGGAGUUGUACUACAAGGUUGAACUGUUUUAUUUUAUCACUAAUCAAGAAGAUUAACAUUUUAUUUCCAUCAAACCUGCUGAAACAAAUGCACCAAUGUUAAACUGGAAAUUAGCUGAAUAUCAAUGCAGCAGUCAAACGUGACACACUAAGUCAUAUUCUUCAGUUCGGUCAUGCUAGAUAGUCAAUAAACACAACUGUCAACAUAAAUAGAAUAAAAACGACUUUUUAAGAGAGUAGAUGAUACACAAAACUAAGCUAAGGGUUUACUUUGGUCUGUUUUAAACAUAUUCUAAGAUUAUAAGAGUUAUCACCUAAUAAGCACAUGCUCAGGGUUGGAAUCUAGUCAGAGUUUUUGUAGCCUUGAAAAUUCAAUUAGAAAACAUACACAACAUAAUCUUGUUGUGUUGGUAUAUAAAAAAACAAAAAAAUAAAAAACAUGAUUUCACAUGUCAGGAUAUCUUUGUAUUGAUCUGCAGUCACCCACAGCAUGUUGUAUCAUAUUCUCCAGUUUUUCCUUUAAUUUGUCACCUGCCCCUCUGUGAGGUAUUGCUGAGUGAAACCCAAUAAAUCAACGAAUCUGAUUAUUUGAACAUUUAAGCAACAAAUGAUCCUAUGCUGAAUUCGAUUAUUUCUUUGCUGAGCUAAAAACCUAGAUGAAUUAGACCAGAAUGUAAUGAGUGAAAUAGCAGCUGUUUGAAAAUUUGGAUUCAAAUGUUUCAUUAACAGUAGUUUUUUUCCCCCUCGAUUUUCUUUCUUAUAUAACAUUCUUUUGUGCUUUUUAGUAGUAGUCAUCCAAUGUGUGGAUUUUUGUGGUAUGAGUUUGUGUUUGCCAGAUUUGUUUUUCCAUAACUUAAUGAACUACACAAAAUUGUCAGUUACAUGUUUGGAUUCAUUCCAUCACAUAUACACUGUCCAUUAUUUAAGUUUGAAACCUCCCGAAAUAAAGUUUACCUCUAAUAUUUCA